ACAUGGCUGAUUCACUCUCAGUUAAUGUUGAUUCAUUACAUAGCCUUGAAUUAAAUGCUAAGCAAUCAAAAUUUACUACCUAUGAGGCUAAACACUUUGCAUCUAGCAUCCAAAAGGCUAUUGCUGAAUUUGUGGGUACAUUUAUUCUUAUAUUUGUUGGUUGUGGUGCUGCUCUUGUCAAUGAGAGGCUGCCAAUCACAGUUGUUGGCAUAGCGACUGUUUCGGGCUUAGCUUUAACCGUCGCUAUAUAUUCGGUUGGUCAUGUCUCCGGUGGUCAUUUCAAUCCUGCUGUCACAAUCGCAUUAGCCGCCGUCCAAAAAAUUCAGUUCAAACUUGUGCCUGUUUAUGUGGUGUGUCAGUUAAUGGGUGGCACACUGGCCACUCUCACUCUGAAAGUGUUGUAUCAUAACAAAGUGGAUAUUGGUGUAACACUGACCCAAUAUUCAAAUUCAACUUCUGAUCUUGAAGCAUUGCUGUGGGAAUCCAUAAUCACUUUCAUAUUCAUGCUUACUAUUUGUGGUGUUGCCACUGAUCACAGAGGAGCCUAUUACAGGAGCUUCGAUGAAUCCCGCAAGGAGUUUAGGCCCUGCCAUAGUAUCAGGCAAUUACAAAAACAUUUGGGUUUAUAUCAUAGGUCCAACUAUUGGAGCAAUCUUUGCAAGUUUAGUUUACACUUUCCUAAGAGUAACAAAACCAACUCAACCAGAACUACCAUAUCACAUGUGAAAUACCAUAAGCACUUAACUUUUUAACCCAUAAAUUUCUAUGAGCUUGAUCAAGCUUUUGAGGAUCUGUAAUCUUUAGAUGACUACAAAUUAAUCAGAAAUACAGAAGCACU